AUCUCUUCUUUUCUUUUAUAUAUAUAUUUCUAACAUGUCCUCAUUACAAAAAGAUAUGUUUAAGAAAGGACGACUUCCUACUUUGGGUAGUGUGAUAGAAGACGAUGAUGAUACUUCAAGUCCUUCUAUACCUUCAUCAUUAAUGACAAAUAGUAAAAAAACUCGAUAUGUUGCUGAUAGUUGGGAUCUUUACUUUGACCGUAUGACCCAUGUUCAAAUAAACUCUGAUACCUUUUGUGUUUAUUUCCUGGACGCAAGACUUGAACAAACAGACAAACCAUUACCAGUUUUUCUCAUGCAUCAUGGUGCUGGUGCUGGAGCUCUUUCUUUUGCUUUGGUGGCUAAACGGAUUCAUGAACUCUUGAAUGGACAAUGUGUGGUCAUGGCGAUGGAUUGUCGUGGUCAUGGUGAUACCAUUAGUUCUGGUGAAUUAAGUUUCAAUGUAAAUCGAUUAUCCGAUGAUAUGGUGAAUGUUGUAUCCAAAUUAUAUCCAAAUCCUGAUCCUUAUCAAUUCAUACUAGUUGGACACAGUAUGGGUGGGUCAGUGGUAGUGGAUAUUGCUUAUCGUCAAAGACUUUCCAAUGUCAUGGGAGUGGUUGUGAUGGAUGUGGUGGAAGGUUCGGCAUUAGAAGCAAUCCAACUUAUGGACAAGUUUCUUAGCACAAGACCAACGGAAUUCCAAUCUAUAGAAGAAGCUAUACAAUGGAGUUACAAGUCAAAAUUGGUACGUAAUUUACAAUCUGCCAAAGUAUCCAUCCCUCCUUUGGUGAAAUUGGAGAAUGACAAAUACAGAUGGCGAACCGAUUUACAUUUAACAAAACCAUAUUGGAAAGAAUGGUUCACGGACUUAUCGGACAAAUUCCUUGGUUCGCCAGUUUCCAAACUUUUAAUGUUGGCUGGUACGGAUCGGCUUGACAAGACGUUGACCAUUGCACAGAUGCAAGGUAAAUUUCAAUUGACGGUGUUAAUGGAUUCUGGACAUUUUUUACAAGAAGAUUCUCCUGACACAACUGCAGCUACUUUAAUGGAUUUUUGGUCAAGAUUUUCAAGAAUGGUUUUACCAAAACCUAUGGAUCGUAUUUAGUUGACUAUAGUUUAUUUUUAUUUUUUGUUGACAUGAAAAUAAAUCAUAAAAACAAACUCGGUGAUGAUUGAAAUUAGAAUCAAAUUGAUAUGACAACCAGGGAGACUACUUAUGCGUAUAUUGACGUUAUGAUGAGAUAAUGUGACGAUGAAUGACUGAUUUAGCAAAUUGUCGUUUAUGAAAAAUGACUUAACUUCAUGAUGGAUAGUUGGGACGAUCUGUGAUACAAACAGAGAAAAGAUGAUGAUACUUUAUGAUUCUUUCCUGGGCGGAGAUACGAGAAGAG